UCUCCUUGCGCAUCAACAAUUGGCAUCUCGGAGUCGCUUUUCUGUGCCCCCCCGCCUUCCAGCCUUUCAGCCUUGCAUGUUUGCCACCGUCAUCUGCAGCUCAUGUGACCGUGAAACUUCUCUGUGGGAUUCCUUCUAUGCAUACCCACUCUUCUCUGCCUUCCGCCGGUACCCUACCACUGAGGUUGCCAUUGCUCGAUUGAGGUUCCUGAGAUGCCCACAGAGAUGAGACCAGGAUGUUUGCGGAGAGUACCAGCUGCUGCUAGAGUGCCGCUAUGCCAACCCGCAAACAGAAACCUCCUGGAACUCCCUUCCUCUCUCCUUCACACACCACCUCCCCCGAGCUCCCUACUUUUUAAAUUCUUCUCUGCUAACCUUCGAGCAGACGCAUUCGAGAGCGCCAUUCUCGGCCGCCUCGAUACUUACCCAUUGGUCUUUCUCUUCUGCAUCACAUUAAUACUAUUGGACUAUUGGCUGCCAUCUCUCUCCCAUUCUGAUUCAGUGGUUUCGUUUCGCUUCGACCCUCCGCUCUUUGCCAAAGCAACCCUAGCCACCUGCCCACACUUGCUGCAACUGCAUUUGCCCCCCCCCCGUUUUCUCGGUUCCGCCCUCUUCGUCGUCGUCCGUGUCGACUUGUGUGGCCAACCUUCCACCACUUCAAACUUCCGCCCCCCAUAGCCUCAAAACCCAACCACCCUAUCUUUUGAACCCACUGCACGAAAAGAAAGAAAAAAACAUCACCUCUUCUUCCCCCCCACCGUCAACUCCCAUGAGUUAGAGGAAGCUGCACACUACCCUCCCCAAUACGAUCCGUUCUCGUCUUUCUUCGUCUCG